AUGUCUGGAAAUCCAUUACAAGAUAUAUUAACGCCAUCGCAAUUUCAACAAUGUGUUCGGUUCUAUGAGGCUGAUCAGAAGUUGGACCAUGGCGAGCGGGUGGCUUUGGCUACGCAAUUGCAAACACUUGCCAUGAAAACGAGUUUGGCUGGGUAUACGAGUGGUAUGCUAGGGUUUUUCGCUCCGACGAUGUACUACCGUGCUGUUGGCAGGUUCCCUACUCCGUUGUUUUUGGUACAACGACCAUUUUUUUCGUUGGUAUUGGGGUUUGGUACGUUGCUUGUUGGGAAUAAUGUCACGGCCAAGUAUUUGUAUGAAAAGAAUCGGAAACAGAGUUUUGCAGACAAGAAUAUUGGUGAUGUUUGGCAGACUAUGGAUUUCCCGUACCUCAAUUUUUUUACAUUGUAUUAUAGCAGGACGUCGGUGUUUCCAAACUUUAUUAUGAGAGAUCCUCGAACAUGUUCCUACCAGCCGCUCAAGAAGGAGAACCCGCACUUUACUGAAGCUACCAAGCUUGGGCAUUUGGAUAAUACGGGUAAGGAACAUGUUUUGUCUGUUUGGGAUAAAGUCCGGUUAAACCAUGGUGGGGGUGUAUCGAAGUAA